UUUUCGAAAUACAAGGUCAUUGAGUGGAGUAUAUUCAACAAUAGUUAAUUUUACAGUUAAUGAUUUUCUUAAGCGUGCCCAAAAGUUAUCCAUAUUAAAUAAAAUUAAAUGUUUCGAAACAGCCAACGAUAAUGCAAAUCGUUUAUUAUUUCCAAUUCAUCACAAACAUUUGAAAGACAGUCGAAAUUUAAAUAAUAGCAAUCAUAAUAAUAUCGACAAUGUAACAACACAUGAUGUAGAAAAAAUUAUUUUAAGUGCGUAUGAAACAGCAAAAGUAUUGAUUGAUAAUUUAAAAAUGUGUAAAUUAUUAACUGAUAACACAAUGAUUGAUGAUGACGUUGACAAUGAAUCAGAUACAAGCAGUAGCAGUGGAAACGAAGACAAUGAUUAUUAUGGUGAGGAUGAUGAAAGUGAAAAUAUUUCUGAGGAUUUUUCUUUUCUUUUCUGCUCUCUCAAAGCAACGAUCACAAUACACGCAGGAGACAGAUGGACAUAG